AUGUCGAGAGCCAAACAGGUUAUUACAUGCAAAGCUGCUAUAUGCUGGGGUGUAGGAAAGGCAGUGACUGUGGAAGAGAUACAAGUAGAUCCACCAAAGGCAACAGAAGUUCGUGUCAAGAUGCUGUGUUCUAGUGUCUGCCACACAGACAUCUCAAGUCUUCAAGGAUUUCCACAUAAUCAGUUUCCUCUAGCACUUGGACACGAAGGAAUAGGUGUUGUAGAGAGUGUUGGUGAUGAAAUAAGGAAUCUAAAGGAAGGUGAUUUUAUAAUUCCAACUUACAUAGGAGAGUGUGAAGAAUGUGAGAAUUGUGUUUCAGGAAAAACCAAUUUAUGUUUGAGACAUCAUGUGAGAUUGAAUGGUUUAAUGCCGGACAACACUUCAAGGUUGUCGGUACGAGGUCAAAGACUGUACCAUGUUUUGAGCUGUGCUACAUGGUCAGAGUACGUGGUUGUUGAUGUCAACUACCUAGUCAAAGUUGAUCCAACCAUUAAUUUAGCUUAUGCUAGUUUCAUCUCAUGUGGUUUUUCAACUGGUUAUGGAGCUUGUUGGAGAGAAGCCAUUGUUGAAACAGGUUCAACUGUAGCUGUUUUUGGUCUUGGUGCUGUUGGAUUAGGGGCGAUAAGUGGGGCCAAGAUGAUGGGAGCAAAUUUGGUUAAAGAGUUAACUGGAGUGGGUGUAGAUUAUUGUAUUGAAUGCACUGGUGUUGCAUCUUUGCUCACUGAAUCUAUCGAAUCCACAAAAAUGGGAACAGGUAAAACAAUUGCACUUGGUAUAGGAGCUGAACUUGUUGUACCAUUAGGAGUUCUUGCUAUUCAGUUUGGUAGAACCUUAAAAGGUUCUGUUUUUGGAGGUAUAAAAGCCAAAUCAGAUCUUUCCAUCAUUGCUCACAAAUGUCAAAAUCAGGAAUUUCCUCUGGAAGAACUUUUCACGCAUGAAAUCUCUUUGGUAGAUAUAAACAAAGCAUUUGAGUUAUUGAAAGAACCCAAUUGUGUGAAAGUUGUUAUCAAGAUGUAG